GUUGCUUAGCAACGCGCGAGUCACAGUCGCAGCUCUGCGCGGGCCCUUUUCCGGGCCGGGCUCAGUCCCUGAUCCUCCCGUGAGGCUCCUUGCUGCCGCGUGUCAGGCCAUAGGAGCCCAUGGAGGGAGAGGAGGAUAAGCAGCAACAGCAUAAAAUAGAAGAUGCUGGUAUAGUGUAUAUAACUGAAAAAAAAGAAGAAAUCAAACGUGGAAAAAAACCUGGAAAAAGUAUACAGCAUUCAAAUCCAUGUGUCAGGAGAGGACGUAUAUAUUAUGCGAAAUUCAUUAACACAAAUGCAAGAACGUGCAAUGAACCAGUUCCCUACAUAGAUCCCAAAAAAGGGCCAGAAGAGCAGGGUGAUUGGUGGUCACAUGGUAAAGGACUGGAACAUCCAUUGCAACCACCUUAUGACACUAAGAGCACCCAGAGGAGUGACUUUCAAAAACCAUCGUGUCUGCCGGUUUUGCCAGUGAAACACAGCAAGUUGCAAAAGCCUUCUUGUGGAAUAGUUCCACUUGCCUCUCCUGAUGCAUCAGCAGAACUUCAAAAGAAUUUUAUAGAACGCAUCUCUUUUAUCCAUCAAUUUGAUGCCAGGAAAAUUCCCGGUGAGCCCAUUCGGGGAAAGCGACAUGGAGUUUUUGUACAGACAGAGAUAAAACCAGGGAGUAGGCCAAUAGUUCCUAAGGGAACAGAGGUAUUACUGAAUGCUCCAUGGCCAUGCUCAUCAGAACAGUCCAAAAAAACAGAGAAAGGAAACUCAGCGGAAAGCAAAAUGAUCUCACCCGGUCUCUGCCGACAAAAUUCCCAAGAGCUGUUAGAGACUAAAACUCACUUAUCAGAAACAGACGUCAGAGAGGCAGCCAAGGCCUGCCCCAGCAAUCCUGAGAGAAGGGAGAAGACUGCAGACACCCUUCAAACGGCUGCAGCAAAUGCUCUGCUCACCAGGCGCAAUCCUUUAAAUCCACCAGUAAAAAGUCAGGAUAAAUCAGGAUAAAUUACCUUCUUGAGAUUCAAACAGAAUCCUUGGAAUGUAGAGAAAUUUCAGAAUCAUACAGGCCCUUGCAUUUGCUUUUUCUGUUGUCAAGAACCUCAGAACAUACAAUUUACACAAAUGGAAAAAUGAAAAGAAGACAAUUAAACUAUAGCAAAAUUUUAAGAGUGGGCUCCAAUGAGUGAUGGAUUGUGAGACAUAUUUCUAUGUCAUAUUAUUUAUUAACAAAACAACUUAGUUUUGCACAGAAGUAAAUGUAAUUAAUGAAUGUUGUAAAACUUUUAGAGGAGAGGCCUAAUAGAUAGUCAUUAGUUACGGCUCUGGAAUCAAACCAACUGGGACUGGAAUUUUGGCUCCACAAUAUGUGUGAGCUGUGCAACCUUGGGUAAAUUACUUAACAUCUCUAGACUUCAGUUUCAUCUGUAAAAUUAGAAUAAUAGUGACUUCAUAAGGUUAUUGAGCAUGAGAUUAUGCACAUUGAUCAAUCAGUGAUCAAUAUAAUCGUAUCAACACUAUCACUAUAAUUAAAAUUUCAAUUUAAGGAUAACGUUCUCCUAUAAACUUAAAUUUUCCUCCUUAUUCUAAAACUUUGAACCCCUCUAUAUACAAUUAAGAGUGUGAAAAUCUAAAAAUGUUUCUCCUGGUACAAGAUACAUACACACACACACACUUAAUUCAAAGACAUACGGAUACAUAGAAUAUCAAAAUAUUUUCUAAAUUGUUUUUUAUUUUACUUAGAUCAUUUCUAGCACUAACUCAACCUUUGCUUUUUGGAUGGGUGUAGUAUGGUUAAUUCCACCAGCUAUUCCAUUUGUACAUUCAGUGUGCCAGAAUGUGUCCACUAGAAGCUAUGUUGUGUUGCAUCCUAGCAGAAGUAGGUACGGUAUCCCUCUGCUGCCAAAAGAGUAGUUACUUGCCAAAAAAAUUUCCAUGGGUAUGUAUCAAUUGCAAACUGUUAUCUGCAGUACUGAUAAGACUAGAGGCGCAUCUUUACCGCUUUCUCCUCCACUAAAGAAAUUUUAAUAGACUGCAAACGAAUGAAUGCCAUUACUACAUAUAUGUGUACUGGGGUCUUCCAGUUCUUACAACAUGGUGGAUUAAAGCUGAUAGUGAACUCCUUGCACUCCAAACACCUUGAAAUGCUGAACAAAAUGGAACAGCAAACCAACAAAUACAUAGUCAAGCUCACGGAACAGAGAAACUUUCAUUUUCCAAAAUAGAGAACUCGUUUAUUUGUGUAUCAAUAUAUAUCUUGAAGAUCUUUCCUUGUCAACACAUGUAGACUACCUCAUUAUUUUAAUAGCCGCAUAAUCUUCCAUAGUAUAGAUACACUAUAUAGUUGGAGCAAUAAGGAUGCAAGCUUUGGUGUGUGUGGGGGAGAAGAUGUUGGGGGUUGUUAGCUGACUUGGAGAGAGUACUUAAAGGCUAGGGACUUGAAUUUUAAUCCACAUCGGAACAGAGAUGGAACGUUAUGGCCUCUAAAGUAGAGAGUUGGAAUUGAACCCUGCAUAAAGCUAGAACCCUCAAAUACUUGGCCUAUUGGUACAAGAUGGACUAGAAGAACUCCACUCAUGUAACCAGGCAGACAGCAAGAAAGUUUGCCUCUGCCCAGAGCUAUAGAUAAUGAAUAAAAUCUUUGUGAGAAACUGAAACCUCAAGCUUCUGCCACAUUCCGGUUUGGAAUAUGAAUUUAAAUGCAGGACAUCUCAUAGGACACAAAAUUAACAUAAAAAUUAAUGCUGCUCGUUACUACUGAGUUACCUGACAAAAGCAAAUGCCAAACUCCCCUGGAGAGACAUUUUCAUAAUCCACAGAAAAAAACAGUUCCUAAUAAAGAUAGGGUCACAAACAAAAAUUACAAAUCACACAAAGAAGAAAAGCAAACUGAGCAAGAGUCUGCAGUACAACAGAGAAUAACUAAAACUUCAGAACUGAGAUAAUAGAAUUAAAACACUUUCAAUGUCAAGAUUCUUGUCUUUUUCGACUCUGGAAAAUUCUAUUCUGAAGUCUUUUCUGUUAUUUCUGUGCCCCUCCACUCUCCCUCUUCUCUCCUUCUAGAACAGCUACUAGCUGAGUGAUGGAACACUUGAAUUUGUCUUCUGUCUCUUAACUGUUCUCUAAUUAUUCUUCUCAUGAUACUUUUAUCGCUAAGUAAUGCAAGAAUCUCUUAACAUUAGCUUUCUACUAACUAAUUUAGUUUUCAGCCAUGUCCAUUGUUAUGCCAGCCAUCUAUUGAAAUUAAAUUUUUUUUAGUAUUUUUAAUUCCCAAGAUCUAUUCAUGCUUCCUUAAUACAUGAGACUCUUCCUACAUUAUGGACAUGAUAGCCUCUCUUAUCCAUCUUAGGAUAUUGUAAUUAUACUUAAUGUCUUUUGUUUGCUCUUGUUAAUUUUUGUAUGUUUAAUUCUGUUACUUUUUGUGUGUUUAAUUCUGAAAGUGAGUGUGAUGCCUCAUUUUCUUGGUAUCGUACUUUUUUCUCAAAUGUUCGGUGAUUCUUGGUCGUAUACUCUUCUUCAAUUAUGAGUUUCCAGAUCCCUAUCAAUAUAAGCUGUUUCUGUCUACUAGAAACCGACUUCAGGACAAGAUUGGGCUAUGUAGUCAGAUGGGAUCUGAAGAUGAGUUGUCUGAUGGGCUCUUUGAUCCUCCUGGGGGUCACUAGCUACUCAGGCGCUGCCCUGCGUUUCCAGCCCUGGUGUAUGAUUCAUUCAUACCACAGCUGCCCAUUGCUUGGCACAAGCAGAGCAGGUAGGAGAUGACUGAUUUGCUGCUCCACACACAGUUCCCUAGUCUUUCAAACUGACAAAUGCCCCAGGGCUCCUUCCACCUCUUAAUAUCCAUUGCCUCUAUGCUUGUAGUUCUACCAGACUCACCUCCACAGCAGUCAUCUCUAUAUAUGUGCAGCUUUUGUUUCAUUUAGUUUUGCUCCUCCAAACAUUUGUUUUCUGGAUUAUCUUUCAGAAUUUUUUAAAAAUGUAUUUCUUGUGCUCACUUCGGCAGCACAUAUACUAAAAUUGGAACAAUACAGAGAAGAUUAUCAUGGCCCCUGCGCAAGGAUGACACACAAAUUCGUGAAGCAUUCCAUAUUUUUCAAU